AUGGGGAGGAGGAUACUGAAUGAUGCGUUGAGAACUAUGGUGAAUGCUGAGAAAAGAGGGAAAGCUAUGGUGGAGCUUAAACCUAUAUCCACUGUCAUCUCUUCCUUUCUUCAAAUCAUGAAACACCGCGGAUAUAUCAAGGACUUUCAGGUCUAUGAUCCCCAUAGAGUGGGGAGGAUCACUGUUGAACUACAAGGUAGACUUAACGAUUGCAAGGCCCUUACAUACCGACAAGACCUAAAGGCAAAGGAUAUUGAAGCCUACAGACUGCGUACUCUUCCAACAAAUCAGUGGGGUUAUGUUGUGAUUACAACCCCCGAUGGUGUUUUGGACCACGAAGAGGCCGCGAAAAGGAACGUAGGUGGUCAGGUUCUUGGUUACUUUCACUAA